AUGCAAUCGAAUAACGUUGGUCUUAUUUCUCGCUCAUCAUCAGCAGCAUUAUCAAUGGCACAACAAUCUACUAUCUUCGACGACAUGAACAUUGCAGCCAGCUUGUUGACCGAGCCCAAAGAUCCAAGACACCGUUCUUCCUUCACUGGCGUGUCCUUUGUAGGUCUGGAUGGUUCUGAUGAUCAACAGCAGCGGUCGGAUGCGCAUGCAGAUGGACAUCCUGAAGGCAGGUCGCGGAGAGCGAUGCGGACAAGCAACACUUGGACUUCAUCGAGCGGAGACGUUCUAUCCGACCAGGAUGAUGUUGAUGACCGGACCCUAUUUGUUCAGGAAUACAAUCGCUUGGCGAGAAAGCACGGUGUGCGACAAGUGGACCCGCAAGAGUAUGAUGGUUUCACUGAUGAUUUGACCAACCCAUCUACGAAACAAGGAAGUUGGUUCUCUCGGAAGAUUUUAAGGAAGACCUCCUCAUCUCAAAGCGUGAGACUCAAGCCCGAAAGACACAUGAAGCACAGGCGUAGCAUCAGUGAUUUGUCAUUACGAUUGAAAGCAAAAAGGGACAAGCUGAAGGACAAAGACUUACAAGAACUGGUCCGACUUUGCGGUUCUAGUCUCCUGUAUUUGCCGACUGAAUAUGCAGCUGGAAGUUUGGCAGUGCCAACAUGUUUUCGGGCGACGGCGCAGCAUCUUGUUCAACAUGCACCUUCUACCAGAGGAGUUUUUCGGGUGUCAGGGUCCCAGAACGUCGUCGCAGCUUUGUACAAUCACUAUGGGUCCAUGGAUGAGGAUGGACAGGUCGUCUCAGGAACCGUACGAUGUCCCACACUACCAGAUCAUAUUAGAUGUGAUGUCCACGAUGUCGCAUCAGCAUUCAAACGGUUCCUUUCAGGCCUGCCGGGCGGGAUCUUGGGUUCGUUGCAUCUCUUCAGUGUCUUCAUCUCAAUUCAAACCCAAUUGCGCGGCGACCCGGAAUUGACUAGGACGAAGCAAAGCAAGGUACGAGCGAGACUUAUUGCUCUUUCAAUCGCCACAUUGAGGUCUGAAUACCGGCGUGAGUUGAUAUGUGCGGUGUUUGGACUCCUCAGCAUGAUUGGACGUGCAGCAGAGAUCGCACCUAGAGAGGAUGAGCGAGGCCGACCACUACCUACAGCUGACCUCAUGGGCUACGGACCACUGGGAAUUGUCUUCGGGCCGCUUCUUGUAGGAGACUUAUUGGAAGAUUACACAAUGCGCAUUGCCAACCCUCAAGGAGGACUGGUCUUACUUCCAAUUAGUCCACCCAAAUCUCGCAAAGAAAAGCACAAGAAGAGCAGGACGGGAGACGAAGGCACUGCGUUCAAUACCCAUGUGGACAAAAUCAAGGUUGCCAACAGCAUCACUGAGAUGCUCAUUACCCAUUGGCGCGAUGUAGUUCGCCACAUGAAGAAUCUGAGUGCUCUGAAGGUCGUUGUCACUACCAAGAGCGUGGCUGUCAGAGGACCAAGACAACCAAUGCUCAGACCGUCGGCAUCCGAAUCUUUUGCUCUUAGGAAACCUCCAGACUGGGACCAAUUCAAAUCUCCAAUGCGGCGAUUGGAAAGAAGUGUUUCUCCUACACCAACGCGACGUACACACGGUCAAAAUGAUACCGAAGCUGGGCAUUCGGCAGCUAACCAUGGUGAUAUGCUGAUAGUCAAGAAGCAGAGGUCAAAGAACAAGCCGCUAUCAAGUCAUCGACUAUCAGGAGGUCGAUCUUUGAGCAUUCUGUCUCCAACUGCCGAAGAGAAACUCAAAGAAGAACAACCAGAAUCGCCGAUCAAAGUUAACAGAACGAUUGAAGAUCAAGAUCAAGAUCAAGCAGCAACUAUUAUAUCAGUUUGUCCAAAUCCUCCGUGCACAUCGGGGUCGCUUCGGCUCACAUCAAGUCCAUUGAAAGAUGAUAUGUACAGUCCUUCGAGCUCGUCGGAUGAUGGUACUUUCCCACCUAAUAUGAUUCCACUUCCCAGCCUUCGAGAAGAACUGGUGGACUCUAUGUCGUUGCAAAAAGAGAAUAAGAAUCCUCGACCGCUCGAACCAACGAUUAUACGAGCAGAAUCACCGAUGGAUGACGGUCUUUUAGGUCACGACAGCAAGCAGCAGCUACAUUUCAUGUCUACCCCUACCUUUUCCAAUUCUAACCCACCAAAAAGCUCGCGAAAGAAGGUCAGACACUCCAAGGAAUCCUCCAGCUCAACUGGGAAAGGAAAGAGCGUGCGAAGUCCUGGAGGCCACUCAAAACUACAGAAACAGUCCCCAGCUUCUAUUGAAAGAGGCAAAUCAAAGCACCAGAGGACAUCGAAACAGGAAGAACAGCCUCAUAAAGUUGAAAUGUCAAAACCUCGAGAUCAUGAUGCUGAACUCAAAGAGUUUGUAUCUGAGUGGACUGCGCUUGACACCAAGAGAAAGGUUCUUCAAGCUGAAAAGAGCAAAGAUGAAUUGCAAAACUUUACAGCAGUACUGGAUGCCGAACAAGCAAAUCUGGAAGCUCGAUACGAAGAGAUAAAGGCGGAUAAAGCAGCAUUCGAAAGAAACCUGGCAUUACUGGAAGCCAAACGCGAAGCCACCAAGGUAGCAAAUGCGGAAAUCGAGAAGGUAAAACCACCAGCGAAGUCAGCUAAACCAUUCGGACAGCCAAUUUCUCUGCAAGAUCAUUCUCGACCUCAAGCAAAUUCCUCUACCACAAGCCAUAAGGUCAUCGCCAAGAAUAAACACUUUGCUAAAGCGGAUAUUGACACUCUCGAAGUCGCACUAAAAAGUUCAGAUCAAGAGCGAGAAAAUCUACGCACGGAAAGAAUACAGCUUCUCUCGGAUCAGAAAGAAUUGUUAGCCAAACAGGAGACACAAUCAGCAGAACUGGCCACUUGGGAAGAAGACACCAAAUAUGAAACAGAAUGGGCGAAGCUUCAUGAUAGAAAGGAGAGUCUCGAAGCUUGUGAACAAGCUGUGAAUGCCAAUUCACAUGCAAUUGUGGUUAGAUUGAGUACACUGGAUGAAUCCAGCCAAAGACAUCCUAACCGAGAGCAAUCUGUUCAAAGGACCGGGUCUGUAGCUCAAGAUAUCGAAUUGAAGUCUGCGAGCUCUCAAGAGAGACCUAAUUUUGAAGGGCUGAUUCGAGAUCCGAUAGAGGGGGAAGCAGAUCAAUGGCACCCAGCCAUCGAAAUACACGAAUCAAUUUUUACAGAGCAACAGAAUCAUGAUGCCUGUGGGAUUUCUGAAGAUACACAACGCUCUCCAGAAACCCUUCGUGCAGAUCUUGCAGCUUUCAGGGCCGACGUUGCAAUCUGGAAAGACAAAUGGAAGUCGUAUAACCAAGGCAAGAAAACCAUCUCAAGCUCCGAGAAGAAGUUUUACGAUGAGGAGAAAGACUUGCUCAAUGAUCGGUGGCAUAACCUAAAAGUCAGAAUGGAUACCCAGAAGGAUGCUAAGCAGGCCAAAGAGCAAGCACAGUCGUCUCCAAUGCCCUUCAAGCAUCUCGUCUUCGCAGAGCCAGAGUCGCAUCCUUCUGUUCCAUCUUCAGCAAAACCAGAGAUCACUCUGUCAAGAGCAUCUCCUCAUGCUCCCGAGGAUCCGUCAAGAAUCCCACGCCGGAUGGGAGGAAGUGAUCCUGGACUUCAGCCACGAGGUCCCAGUCACUCUCCGCGUCGAGUAUCGAGAUCACUGUACGAAGAUCCUAAGCGGAAACGAAACUUGCUUGAUAUUUCAAAAGUAUCAAGAGACCCCUUGUCAAGAGUAUCGAGGGAAGAAGACGAUGCUUCUUUGGCUGUACUAGCUCAGGCUUUAGAUGUACAUACUGCAGAUGACUUGUUGGAGAAGAUGCCAAAACCGAAUGGUGCUGAGAAUGCUUCGAGUCCUGAAGGUGUAACUCAUAGGGCUGCCCCCGUUCUAGUCAUGGAGACCUCUACUACAGUCAAGAAGCUGGAUGAGCCUCCCCAAUGCAACGACACUGACAGUAAAGCCAGCACGAGUAUCGAAACUACCAGCCAGGCAACUAUCUUCAAAGUACCGAUGCAAGAGGAGGCAGCGGAAAAAAUUAUGAUACAAAAAAGUGAGGUGGCGGUCCUCGAACUCCGACCGGACUUGACAGCUUCAAGUGUUGGAACGGACCCAGUGAGCCCAGAGUCCGAGAAAGCAAAACUCCCGAUCGAAGUUCCAGUCUCAAGUCAAAGAAUGCAAGUUCCUGUGGAAAAUGCUACAUACCAACUCCGCAGAUCUACGGUCCCUAUGAUGUCCAGACACGAACGGGUGUCCGGUCGGGAUACGACGAGGACAGCGGGCAGCCCUAGCAAAAUAUCCGCUCUUGUAGCAAAAUUCAAUCAAGAAACGCCGCAAUCUACCGUAUCCAUCUCACCUGCAGUGUGCCCAACCAAAUCGCCUGCAAAGACUCCUAGCCGGCCGACUGCCGCGGGACAGGUUGAUUUUGGAACUGCAAAGGAUAGCAUAGUUUCUCCAUAUACUACCAACCCUGCCUCACCAACCCGAUCACAAAAGUCCGACAAGACUCCCCAAUCGAGCCGAACCGCCAUUCCUGGAGAGUGUCGUGCUCUUUUAGAUCCAAAGUCUAGUCCCGUCAGAAAACCUACCCCCAAGCGAAUCCUGAGAGAUUCUCUCUACGACUCAACCCCCCUACGACCUGUGGUAAGAGGCGCCAAAAGUCCUCGAUCAACUCCCUCACCAAUCAAACCCCCCAACCCGUACGCUAUCUCUCUCCGAUCAGUCCAAAAGAAUACAGAUUGCUCACCAACACGGCUCUCGUCCGCAACUACCAAAAAGGCCUUCCAAGACAGCUGCGAGCUCGAUGGGGCAGCAAUUGGCAAGCGGAAAGUACCUGCACCGCAGGACAUCGCUUCGACAGCAGCGUUGCCACCUCCGCGGUUCAAUAUUAAUACUCUCUUGAAAUCAGAAACUCAUGUGCAAGAGUCAUCUGCAUCAUCCUCCAACACAGUUCGACCUGUUCGUGGAUCAGUUAAGGAAUUUGCUGCGACGACUGAUAAGGUUAAUAGCGAGUUGGAUCAUGUACAACUCAAGUCAGUCGACGUGUCCCAUAAACAGGAAGACGCCUUUGACUUACCAAUCUUCGAUGGCCCUGGAGGUCCUUCUAAUAUUGGACGAGUAUUACCUCAUCCAGAUCCGCUUCCUGUAGCACACCAUUUGAAUCUGACACGCCCACCGACAAUUGUCCAUUCCGACUCUGAAGACACAGGUCUCGCUUCUGUCAGUCAGGUUGUAAAUCCUCCUCCAGGCCGCAGCAGCUCUUUGCUAUAUAACCAAGUGAGAAACCUUCAGCGCCAGCUUUCCGAGAAAGUUGAGGAGAUCCAGCAUCUCAGACAGCAACUCAGUGCACGUGGGAACCUUGAAAUUGGUACUCUCAGCGAAGAGUUGAGAGAAACCAAGCAGGACCUUCAAGCAUGGAAGACUCGAGCCGAAGUAGCUGAAAAGCAGCUCGAGAUCCUCACGAAAAUGCCCUCCAGAAACAAUUCGCUGAAGCACACCACCAGCACGUCAUCAAAGCGCUCAGAUCGGCUUCAGCGGUCCAGCAUAGAUUCGAGGAAAGAAGAGGGGACCAUGGCUGAGAGGAUCAGAAAAGCUUUGCAUGGAAUGGAUGGAGCCGAGAGCCCACAGCGAUGGGCUUCUGAAGAAAGUACUGAUACUGUGAUUCGAGGUCUCCAAGACAUUGUCACAGGGUCUGAGUAUAGCAUGUGGGUGGAGCAGACGAUGAAUGCGAUUGACUCUACAGACAAUGGUGAAGGAAUCAGGUGA